CUACCCACAAUUAAUUUACCCAAAUUCGAUGGCAAUUACCUUACGUGGUUAGAAUACAGGGAUACCUUUGACUCUUUAAUUAAUUCAAAUGAGUCUAUCUCAAACAUAAAUAAAUUUCACUACUUAAGGGCAUCUUUAGAAGGAAACGCGGCAGUUGUGAUUAAAUCUAUUGAGUUUACCUCUCAGAAUUACAAUGUAGCUUGGGAACUUUUGUGCGAACGGUUCGAUAACAAAAAAAUAUUAAUAAAUAAUCACCUAAAGGCAAUAUUUAAUUUCGAACCAAUUGCUCGUGAAUCGCAUAAGGCGCUUAGAUUUAUGAUUGAUCACAUCACAAAAAAUUUACGAUCUCUUCAAAGCCUCGAUUUACCUACAGAUAGCUGGGACAUCUUAAUAAUUUAUUUAAUGUCAACAAAAAUUGAUCCUGUGACUUUAAGAAAGUGGGAAGAGUCAAAGAACAGUCAUACAGACUUACCUACUUUAAAAGAAUUCCUGAAUUUUUUGCGCAAUCGAGCAGAUGUUCUUGAGACGAUGUUAGUUAGCAAAGGUGAACAGAAAACUUCGUUCACAUUUCAUAAAGAACAAAAAAGACAUGAACAUUAUCAUAAAGAUUCACAUCAACAAAAGAGCAAAAGUUUUGUAGCUUCUAGCAAUGAAAAACAUAGCCAACCAUCAUGCCCGUGUUGUAAUGAUAAACAUCGAAUAGUUGAAUGUAACAAGUUUCAUAAUUUAUCUCCAGAAGGUAGGUCAAACGAAGUCGUAAAACAUAACCUUUGUUCGAACUGCUUACGGAGAGGUCACAAUGCUACUGAGUGUCGACUGAGUGGCACUUGUAGGAUCUGCAAACAAAAACAUAAUACUUUAUUACAUAGAUCGGAUAAUAAUAACGUUGGUAACACAGUCUUAAACUCCUUACCUGUGUCACUAUCAGCACAAACUCCAAGCCAAGUCCUAUUAGGUACAGCCUUAAUUAAAGUUGUCAAUCCUGAAACAAAAAAUACUUACGUUGCUCGUGCCUUACUCGAUGCGGGCAGCCAAUCUUCAUUCAUCACCUCGAACCUGAAACAUAAAAUGGGUUUAGUAGGUAAAAACAUAAAUACAAAUGUAACGGGCAUAAACAAUGCGCCAAUAUUUUUGUCAGAAAGCUGUGAAUUGAGUAUUGAAUCAUUAGUUAACCCGUUCAGGGCCCCAAGUCUACUAAAUGCAUUAGAGUAUAAUUGGCACUUCCUCAUCGGGCGGCCGCUGACGUCACUACCAGAACCACCCUGCGAGAACAUGAAGAUACGCACUAGAUAUCAGCUGAUUGAGCAAUAUCGACAAAGCUUCUGGAGUCGCUGGUCAAAGGAAUAUUUGGCAGAAACCCAACAAAGAAACAAAUGUCGCCUUAAACAUGAAAACUUGAAACCUGGAGACAUGGUCGUCUUCAAGGAAUUGAAUCUCCCGCCUAUGAAGUGGAAAUUAGCCAGAGUACAGCACAUGUAUCCUGGAGCAGACGGAGUGUGCAGAGUGGCAGACUUCAUAACCUACCGUGGCGUUGAACGGAGGGCCCUCAACAAAGUAUGUCCCUUACCCGUGACUGCAGAUGACGAGGAUGAUGCAGAGACAUUGAAAGAGAUCUCUACCAGCUCCUUUCAAGGGGGGCAGAAUGUUAACGCCGACGGCAACAUCCUGUAG